CCAUUAAGAUUUUGACAUCUCUAUUGUCAAAUUGUUUGUUUCUAUUCGAAUUUUGAAUAUAUAAAAAAUAUAUAUACAGCACGGGAGAGAAAUCCCGAAAUCGAACACCGUGACCUGAACCCGUCUACCUGCGGGCGCAGAUUUCCGCGAAGGUAGCCGCGGAUCACAGGCAGAACACAGUUUUCUGGCCGUGGAAUAUUUAUAAGAACCGACGCGCCAUCGAUACCAGCCAGACCAUGGACACUUCGGAUGCUGUAAAUACGUGCGCGGAGGAGCGCUGCAGAGAGCAGCUGCAUUGUUCCCUCUCCUCCGUGGACCUUGAGAGCGAAAGCGACCUUUCGCUGGCCUUCGAGCGCGAGGAAGCGUCCCCCGUGGGCAGCUGCGACGAGCUGCCGGCCUUCGAAAUCCGCGCCUUCUCCCCGCAAGGACGCACCCCGUCGCCGAUCGACGACCUCAACCUCUCGGACAUCGAGACGCCGAAGCAACAGCUCCUAUCCCGUACCCAGGAGUUGGAGACACGCCAGAACAAUCCCGAGUACGUGGCCCUGCAUGAGAUCAACGCCCAGAUUAGCCCGCCCAGCGACGCCGACGACUCUGGGGCCACACUGAGCCGCAGCAACAGUCUAGAGACCAUCUUCGAAGGCGUCUUUCUGAACACCCCUCCGCGCGAGAAGGGCACCAAUGGCAGCCCGAACUCCAGCUCUUCGCGCUACACGCCCAAGCGCAGUCGGUCCAAUCUCAUGGAACUGAUGGCUAUCGGUAAUCGCCUGCACAGCGGCAAGGAGAACCAAUCACCGGGGUCCGGGCGAGUGACCAGCUUGCAGGACCCCACCUAGUGGCAAUUGCGACCACGAUCAUGACCAAAACCACGGAGCACUCGCUCAGACUGCCAUCAAUGUUCUAGACUAAGAAACAAAGUAAAUGUAAGUGGAGACAGCAUUCCACCAGGCGGGCGGGUGUACGCAACGUUUUUGUGUAUCCUUCCCGGAACAGAAAAAAACCGAAUUGAAGUUAUUAAUUUUUAUGGUUAAUAAAGAUUGUCUUUCCAUGUUUCAAACAUAA